UGCUUUAUAUUCCUGCUGUAAGUUUUAGGCAUUGAAGUGCUCAGAAAAAAACUCAGUGUGAUACACUCGGUUAGAUUUUUUUAGUGCAUGUUUGACUGUCCUUCGUCUGAGAAACAGCACUUUUCCGAGUUCAUCAGAUGAGCUUUCAGAAGACCCCGGGCUCGUUUAUACCUGUUGACAACACAUGGACGAUUACCGAAGAGGUAAAACAGAAGAGUAGGCAGUAUUUUAAGUCUAUUGAUGUUCAAAAUUCGGGAUUCAUUGACUCGAAUACUGCCAAAUAUUUCUUCUCUUUGUCAGGACUUACUAAUGCAGAGAUUACUAAGAUAUGGUCUAUAGCUCACAUUUCGAAGGAUCAGAAGUUAGAUUUUUGCAAAUUUCAAGUCACCAUGGCACUGGUGCUUGCAAAGCUGUCUGGAAAAGAAAUUCCCGACCAACUGCCCGCACCAUUACUAGAAUCAAUUAAUACGAAUAAUGGUUCUAGUUUUAUAGGUACUUUACCCCUGAGCAACUCCACUGAGUUUGCUGAGGGUGAUUCUUCAAGGAACACCCUUCUUCAAGAUGUGCCACCAAUCUCUUCUGGUCCGGAUACAAAUGCGACCGGAACGACAAACAGAAUAAGUGGUGCAAGCGAAAAUGUCAACGACGUCGCAAAGCAGUUGGGUAACGUCAAUAUAUCACCUCAAAUGAAUAAUAUAUCUGGGUUCAACGACCCUUCUUCGUUCGCUGGAUUCAGCCAACCACAGCCUGCUUCAGGGCAAAAUUUUCCAGAAAAACUAUCGUCAUCUGUUCCUACAGCAGUCGAUCAUUCUGCGCAUGAGAAUGCGGGCAAAGAUGCGUCAGAAAAUUUGAUUUUUGCACAUACUACCGAUCCGAAAAAGCACGUACAUUCCUCUGAUAACACCUUGCUGACAACGGCCGCCCAUGUGCCGCCUUCAAGACAACAGAUAGAUGAAGGCCCUUCUCGCAAUCUCCAGCCUUUAGACACGUUGCCCAAUGCAGAUAGCUACACAAUCACGCCAGAACAACUCAUCAUCUACGACUGGUAUUUCAAACGUCUAGAUGAAAGAAACAUGGGACUCGUACCCAAGGAGGCAGUCCGGGUAUUUUCCAGUCGUCUAGGUCUACCUGAUUCCAUUUUCGCCAGCGUGUGGGCCAUAGCUAGCGUCAACCGUGAUGUUCAAUUCUCCAAUAGAGAAUUUUUCAUUGUUUUUUUGCAUUUAGUCAAUCUUUGGCGAAGAGGGUACAAAUUACCGACUCAAUUACCUCAGCAACUGGCUAACACCCUGGUUAUGCCUAAUGUAAACCUGUACUCUUCCCGGCAUGCUAAACCAUUCGAUCUCAAUUAUCAGAAGAGCAACUUCGAAGCAGACGCUCUGGAAGCGCAGAAACAUGACGCCAAAAUCAACAGUUUAACUCAUGAAAAAGACGCUCUUAUGCAAGAAAUACGUCAACAAUCGACAACAAACGCCUUUAAGAUUCAAAAACUUGAUCAAAUAGAUCAAAAGAAUUAUAAUCUAAAACAAAAUGCUAUUGCCAUUGAAAUGCAAGUCGAAUUCACAAGAAGCAAAAUCACGAAUAUAUCCAACUCAAUCAUCGAAGCAGAAGGCUACCUUUUGACUUUGACUCGCCAAGUAGCCCAUAUAAACUCUUUGUUGAUGCAAAAACAAUCUCAAAGGGAGAGCGAACGCGCUGCGCUCUCGAGCUUUCAUGAAAAACUUCGCCACAUGAUUGUGUCUCUUGUCAAGCAGACCGAAGAAAAUGCUCAGGUGAAAGUCAGCACCUAAGCAUUUAUUCAAAAAAAACACUUCAUUGACAAAACCAACGCAACCCCGAUUUAGUGAACAUGUCAAAAAUAGAUCAGCCCCCGAGUAUCGGCACCUCGAAGACUACUAAUUUACAUUUAUAUAACUACAACCUUCGUGUUGUUCCUGAAAAAUAAUCUAAAGCGUCAAAUCUCCUUACAUUUGUCCUAGUUACCACUUCACAUCUGUUUCUUGGACAUCGUCAACGAGCAAACUCCAAUUUAUCCACUCGCGGACUACCUAUAAAAUGCUCUAUGGUACUCAAAUAAAUUAUUUGUAUCCUCCAUCUUAUGUACACGAAAAAUAGGGUAAAACUUCAGCUAUUUCUCUCCUAGACGCCAACCAAACGAAUUUUAUAAAUUUUUUUUAGUUCUAGAACUAUUUUCUCUCUCUUCUCUCUAAUUCCACAGUAGUAGAUCAUACAACAGUGGACAGCGCUUCCAGCCAAAUGAUUGAAGAUACCAUCGACCGCUGCAUCUCCUCGUAGGAGAUACACACACCUCAACAAGGGUGCACAGAGCCUUUCUGAGGCCCCGCUCUGACUCCUCGCACGAGACCGGAUCGAUCAGGAGCUCGAUAUUUUUUUUAGCCAAGGUCAAUAAAACGCGUUUCGGUGCUCACAUGCGAGAGUUUCACUCUGCCACACACCG